AUGCCUCUUUGCAAACUAGAGAUCAUUGAUGCUAUCAUCCAGCCUAAGGUCAUCGUUCCCGAAGAUGCCUGGCUCGGGUCUCUAAAGGCCUUCCAGCCGGACCCUCAGCAGUGGGUGCCGCGUCCCCUGCAGAAAGAGCUUGCCGCUCUGCGUCUUCGUGUUGAAGAGCUUUCCGCCAUUUCGCCUAGCACACGCCGCGCACCCGGCUCGCAUGAGGAAGAGGAUCCGACCAUGAUGUCUGGAGGCGUUGGUGGCCCGGUCAACCCUUCCGCCAACGCCGGUUCCCCCUACGUCCGCUCCGGCCCUACCAACGACCCUGUCGCUCGCAGGCGUGCCGACCGCGCUGCCGAAGAGGACCGCCGUCUGGCUCUGCUCCGCAACCAGGAAGAGUACGACCUCCUGCACGCUCGUUCUCCCCGUGUCGGUUCCGCUGCCCGUGGUCGUGACGUAGCUCCUACUCACACCCCGAGCACGUCUCGCUCGCAGACCGCACCCGUCGUCCGUACGCCGUCGGCCCUGCCGAGCGCGAGCGUCGCCGCCGCGAGUUCGACGCCGGCAAAUUGA